AUGACUGACACUCCGAGAUCCGACCACCAGACGAGGUUCAGCACCCCGGUGUCUGACCUCGACGACCACCGCCACCAGCCUGUAUCCCUUCCACGAGCCGAUGCAUCUUCGCCUCCUAGGUCGCGCCGGCCAACUUUCGCAAGCGUCCAGGGUCAAGACCGACCCAACAUCCUACUCCAAGUCAACGAAGCCCUCGAGGCAGACAUUACUCGACGUGAUUUCGAAAGCGCUGUAGUGGACGAUGACCAGCACUUGGCUCCCGAUGCCUACAUCCGCCGCGGCUCUCUAGCACACAGCCCCCAAGCUCGUCGAGAGACAUUCCGACGCCCGCGCGACCCGGCAAUCGAGCGCCUGACUAGGAGCAGGGCUUCGUCGACCACUUCGCGAUCCGUCUCUCCUCCCAACUCUGUCGACGCGUUCGCCGGCCCUCGGCGCCGCGACCGUGCCAACACUCUUCAGAGCCACGCAGGCUCCGAGCUUGAGCUCGGAUUGAACAGGACGCUUUCUCGCGGCACCGCACGCCGACCAACUAUCAGCGACGAGCGACCUGAUCAGCCACACGACAUCGAAGUCGCGUCAGCGCACAGCUCAGCACAGGAGGAUGUAUGCUUCCCUGUAUCCGAGGACACAGGCAAGACCACCAGGUUCGACUACGAAGAGUUGGAGGAGUUUGUGGCAGAGGCUCACGAAAAGACACCUAUUGGCCAGCCUCUGCGCCACAAGGCGAGCGUAGCUUCUAACCUUUCCGCAAAGCCCAAGGUCUUCUCGACCUUCGUCCCAAGUCAAGCCAACCCUGCAGUUCAAGAGAAGCUUGCUGAGGAAGGUCUGUCGCAUAUUUUUGCGGAGAAGCAGACCCCGGAAGUGAAGACCAACCGCUGGACGUUCUUCUCGUCCGAGUUGGACGACACAAUCCAUGCUGCCGAACUAGGCGGACUGCUUAUGCCCGGCGAACGCUUCCGCGAUCUGUUUGACACACCAUCAGACGGCGGCGUCUGGUGGCUCGAUAUGGUCAAUCCCACAGAAGAGGAAGUUUUCGCCAUAUCCAAGGCUUUCGGAGUGCAUCCUCUUACUCGCGAGGAUAUCUGCAUUCAAGAGCCGCGUGAGAAAGUAGAGCUAUUCCAUCAAUACUACUUUGUCUCGUUCCGCUCCUUCUUCCAAGCCGACAAGGAGUCGGAGGAAUAUUUGGAACCCGUCAACUUCUACGCAGUUGUCUUCAAGGAGGGUAUUCUGACCUUCACCUUCUGUGAGAGCCCGCACACGCUCAACGUGCGCAAGCGUAUCAGCCGUCUUCGCGACUACAUCAACCUGAACGCCGACUGGAUCUGCUACGCCCUCAUCGAUGACAUUGUCGAUAGCUUUGCACCGGUCAUUCGAGGCAUCGAAGAUGAAGCCGAUGCGAUUGAGGAUCAAGUCUUCACUGCACGUAUCGAAGACUCUCGCGCCAUUCUUCGAUCGAUUGGGGACUGCCGCAAGCGUGUCAUGCAGCUCCUGCGUCUCUUGGGCGGCAAGGCAGAUGUCAUCAAGGGCUUUGCCAAACGUUGCAACGAGUCGUACAGCGUUGCUCCUCGGGGUGACGUGGGCAUGUAUCUCAGCGAUAUACAGGAUCACGUUGUCACUAUGAUGUCCAACUUGGCUCAUUUCGAGAAGAUGCUCAGCCGCGCGCACUCCAACUACCUCGCGCAAAUCUCGGUUGACCAAGUCAUUCAAGGAAAUGACAGCAACGCUACGCUUCAGAAGGUUACAGUCAUUGCUACAAUCCUUGUUCCGCUCAACUUGAUCUGCGGUCUCUUCGGUAUGAACGUGAAGGUUCCGGGCCAGGAUGGCAGCCUUGCGUGGUUCUUCGGCAUUAUCGGUGUUAUCUGUCUCUUUGUUUCGGUCUGCUUGGGAGUUGCAAAGAAGAUGCGAUACAUUUGA